AUGAGCCUGAUUCGAUUCACUCGGUCUUACUCUACAACCACUACCGCUACUACCACUACCACUACCACUCCAUCGACCGUCAUCAAGCACCAGUUCAUCCAUCGCCAAACCAAACCCAAGCUAACAUCCUCAAACGACAUCCAGUUCCUCCCACCCGCCAAAUUCACACUCUCCAUCAUCUCACUCUCCUACAACAGACCGAAUGUACAUGCCCUACUCAGUCAGAGCUGGCCAGCCAGCCGAUCGAUCAGGCACAUCGACCCCAAUCAACUCUUCAUCCUCACUGCCAUCCCCGCUCGAUUCGUCAAUCAAAACCAACCCAUACCCAAUCACAUUCAUACCCUCAGCUCAUGCUUCUCUAAACAAGACCAGGAGCGUUGGAAGGAGCGCAGGAUCGAGAAACAGAAAUCGAAAGCAAAACCGACUCAUCAGCUUCGACUCACCUUCUCCCUAAGGAUCAAGGAACUCCAUAAAUCCGCUGUCAUUCGCAAAUCGAUCCGCAAACGAUGGAUUGCCGCGCUCAAGUUGAUCGUCCAAUACGGCGCUUCUUCAUCUCGCUCGACUGAGUGUACAUCAGCUGCUGCUGCUGCUGACCCGAAGAAGAACUCUGCCGAACGAAGGAGGACUGAAGAAGAAGAGGUCAGAAUAGACCCCGCUCAGGCCGGCUUCCAUAGAUGGCUCGACCCCGAUCACUAUUACAUCGUCCACCCCACCCUCGCACUCAAUACCGUCGGCCUCCCUCAACUCAUCAGAGCCAUCCGGGAAGCGCUCCUUGCCAUCCAUCCCAUCAGUAACAAUCCAAGGCAUUCAAGAGACACACCAUCUAGCACUCACCCUUCCCGGAAACCGUUCCUGGGAACGACUCACGUCGCUUCUAGUCCUCAGUCUCAAUCCGGCUCCUCCUCCAGAACUAACAAUCAACACGCUCCACCAACCCAAUCGAAUCCCUUCAUCAUCAAGCCUCAGACUCAUUCUCUAAUCUCCGAAUCCCCAUCCAGAAGACUCCCUUCAAAGCACCCGCAAUUCAUGUGCCCACAACACUCCCAAUCCAGUCCUGCUUCAUUGAACAAGCCUCGGAAUACUUCAACCGGAUCGAGAUCUGAUCACCCGCCACCUUUUUCACCCCCAAGAAGACGACUCCCUACAAGUGAUCCGAAAUUCGUGUCCCCUCAACCCACCCGAUCCGGGCCGCCUGCUUCAGUCCACAUGAAACCAUCUGCUCCGACUUCAGUCAUCGGGACAACACCUGAAGAUCACUCGCUGAAAAGCUCACUGGAACCCCCACGAAAAAUCCUGCCAAGUCGGCCAAUCUUCACACCCCCAAAACAGAACCUUCCCACUACACUUUACAAGCCUCGAAUCUCGUCGACUGGGCCUGGCUCGCAUCAUCACAGCUCCUUUGAACCACCACCAAGGAAAAUCCCGUCAAGUCAGCCAAAAUUCAUACCCCCUCAACAGAACCAUGCCACUACUCCUACUUCUCUUCACAUGCCCAGUCAAAUCUCAUCCACUGGGUCUGGCUCUCAUCAUCGGAGCUCCUUUGAACCACCACCAAGGAAAAUCCCGUCAAGUCAGCCAAAAUUCAUACCCCCUCAACAGAACCAUGUCACUACUCCUACUUCUCUUCACAUGCCCAGUCGAGUCUCAUCCACUGGGCCUGGCUCGCAUCAUCGGAGCUCCUUUGAACCACCACCAAGGAAAAUCCCGUCGAGUCAGCCAAAAUUCUUCAUACCCCCUCCACUCAGUCAUAGUACUGCCACUACUACUCAUCAACCAUCUUCUCUUUCUCCACCAAGAAGACUCCCCAUCCCACUCAAAAAAUAA